AUGCUUUUUGUUGAGAUCCCCGAGUACCGGAACAAGCACGUCCGCACGUCGGUGAAGGUGAACUUCUACGUCAUCAACGGGAAGAGAAAACGAAGUCAGCCUCAGCACUUUACCUACCACCCAGUCCCAGCCAUCAAGACAGAGCCCACGGAUGAAUAUGACCCCACCUUGAUCUGCAGUCCCGCCCACGGGGGCCUGGGGAGCCAGCCUUACUACCCACAGCACCCCAGGGUGGCCGAGUCCCCCUCCUGCCUCGUGGCCACCAUGGCUCCCUGCCAGCAAUUCCGCUCGGGGCUCUCAUCCCCAGAUGCCCGCUACCAGCAGCAGAACCCAGCGGCUGUCCUGUACCAACGGA